AUGAGUUGGGCAUUUGUCCAAAAGGUGUCACCUCCAACGUGUUCCGCUUUAAUGUGUCCUCGGCAGAGAAGAACAGCACCAACUUGUUCCGGGCUGAGUUUCGAGUGCUGCGUGUGCCCAACCCAAGCUCCAAGCGCAGCGAGCAGCGCAUUGAGCUCUUCCAGAUCCUUCGGCCGGAUGAACACAUAGCAAAGCAGCGCUACCUCAGUGGCAGGAAUGUGCAGACACGGGGCUCCCCUGAGUGGCUGUCCUUCGAUGUCACCGAGACUGUGCGUGAGUGGCUUCUGCACAGAGAGUCCAACCUUGGCUUGGAAAUUAGCAUACACUGUCCUUGCCAUACUUUUCAGCCCAACGGGGACAUCUUGGAGAAUUUACACGAGGUCUUGGAGAUCAAGUUCAAAGGCAUUGACAGUGAGGAUGACUAUGGCCGUGGGGACUUGGGGCGCCUGAAGAAGCAGAAGGAUUUGCAUAAUCCCCACCUCAUCUUGAUGAUGUUGCCCCCACAUCGACUGGAGAGCCCAGCGUUGGGAGGCCAGAGAAAGAAACGAGCCCUGGAUACCAACUACUGUUUCCGGAACCUGGAGGAGAACUGCUGCGUGCGCCCUCUGUAUAUUGACUUCCGACAGGACCUUGGCUGGAAAUGGGUUCACGAGCCUAAGGGCUACUUUGCUAACUUUUGUUCGGGCCCUUGUCCGUACCUCCGCAGCGCAGACACCACUCACAGCACGGUGCUGGGCUUAUACAACACGCUGAACCCUGAGGCAUCUGCUUCACCCUGCUGUGUUCCCCAGGACCUGGAGCCACUCACUAUCUUGUACUAUGUUGGGAGGACCCCCAAAGUGGAGCAGCUCUCCAACAUGGUGGUGAAAUCCUGCAAGUGCAGCUGAAAGGCACCCUGGCCCACCCAAAGCCAAGAAAGGAACUGUCAGCACCCACUCUCCUGCUCCCAGUCCAACACAAAAGGAACUGGGGGUCAGAGACUACAUGCUGAGGGCUGAGUGCCAAACCCUGUGGUUUAGGGUCUGGCAGCCCUUGGGGAUCUCUUCUGGAACAUUUCUUGGUCUUGUUGACAGUGUCAUGUUCCUUCUGGGAGUUACUUUGGUGACACGAAGGCCACACUCUCCAAAAUGGCUGGACAGUUGGUGUGGAAGAGAAGGAGAGGGUGGAGGAACUGCUGUGUAUUUGAAUGCUGGGUGUUUGAGCUGGGAAAGCGAGGAAUGAGAAAGAGCAAGUGAAAGGGGGAAUGGAAAUGGGGAUGCUUUCUAUUUUAGCUUUAGCUAUCUUAGGACCUCAGCCCUCCCCACUGGCCUGAAGAAUUAAAGGUUUCCCCUGUAGGAGGAAACCCCAGAAGUUUCUUUAGAGAAAGGAAAUCCACCAAGAAGGGAAGCUGCUGAGAGAAGAAAUGCUCAGAGAUACACUUAGACUUUCAUUCCUCAGAGCUGUGAUCCAGGAGUCUUGCAUCUGAAAUUCUAUGUCUGCCAAACCUGUAAGUUCAGUUGGCAGGUCCUGGCUAUUGGUUUCUAAAUGCAAACUGCAAGGCUCCCAGCCAGCCUGCUGAGGGUGGGCAAAUACAAGGAAAGAGGGUGCCGAGUCCAUUUUCAGAGGGACUGAUGUCGCCAUUCAGCUCUUUUCCCUUCCUGGAGUUUCUGAGAGAUGGGUUCUGGGUCAGGACAGGAGCAAUAUCUGUGGGUACCUGAAUAUCUGGCCCAUUCAUUUGUGAGCUGAUACAUGCUGAGGACAUCUUGUUGUGGUUUGAGAGGUGCUUUGGGGUAUUCUGCACCUGUUCUGCACAAUGACCUGAACGUGGCCCAGGCCUUACCUGCCAAGACUUAAAAAAUAGUAAUCUCAAAAACAUUGUAAAAAAUAAAUAUUUGGGGGGGAGAUGCUCUUUUUUUCACAAGCAAGUUGUUUGUUGGAGGGUUAGAUAAUUUGCUGUUUUUAAACUGCUACUGCUGUGGCACACUCAGUCAGUCUAAAAUCUUUCCAAAACAUCUCUUCAAAGGAACAGACAGAAUUUAGGUCAGCCAGAGAACCCCAGAAUGGAAAUUCUUUGGUACCCUCAAACUGUGCCUGGUGUAUAUGUGCCCUGUCCCACCCUAGUCCUUCAGACAGGUACAUCAUCUCUGGCACUGGCUUUUGACAGAUUCAUAUAAAGUUCCCUGCAAAUGUAACACACUUUCGACAAUACUCUAAAUAACCUGGGCAGUGCAGUUGCCACAGCUGACAAAUGGCCUAUGUCCACUGGAGUAUAUAUGGUCUGCCAGUACAGACUUGUACACACAGGUAAAUAACACACCCCUCCUCCCAAUUUACCAUGAACAUUGCAGAUGGUCAUAAAAAGCUCAUAGAUGUUGCCCAGGCAAGAAAUGUACUCUUUGAAAAGUAUGGGCUUUUUCAGCUGUAGAUACUCCCAAAGGUAGAAAUCUCCAGUGCUCGCAUGCCACAUGAGACUCAGAGGUUGCCUCUCUGAUGCUCCAAACCACAACUACUUAAAAGUCAUGUUCUAAAGACCACAGAGGUUCCUCCCUGUCCCUUCCCAAUUCCUGGCCCCCAGCAACUGAGUGUAAAAUGAUACCUAGCUGGUUAAUCACUUGUGGCCAAGGCUCUCCAUGGUCAGCUUAGAAUUUAGCUCUUCCAUCAAGACCUCAUAACAGUGGUUGCUUCCACACACCUCACAUGAAGCUGCCCUAACAUGUAAUCUCAAACAUCU